UUGAGUCUUGAUGCGAUCGAGCACACAGAAAACCGGGCGGGACCGCGUGAGAGAGAGAGAGAGAGAGAGAGAGAGAGAGGAGUUCAGGCGGUUAGGCCGUCGUCGUCUCGUUUCGCCAGAGUCCGGUCACCGCCGGCCAGCUCGCCUCUUCUAAGCCUUUAUCGGUUGGCCUUGGCGAUGAGUGCCGGGCAUCGAGGUGUCUUUUCCGCCAGAUCCCCAUCGGAGCCGGCUUCUCCUCCUCUGCAGUGAGCGAAGAGGGAGGGAGCGAGGAUGCCGCUCGUGCGGUUCGAGGUGAGGAACGAGUACGGGUUGGGAGAUCCGGAGCUCUACCGGGGGUCGGCCAAGAAGGAGGAUUCCAAGGCUCUCUUGGAUGGGGUCGCGGUAGCGGGGCUUGUUGGGAUCUUGAGACAGCUGGGCGAUCUCGCCGAGCUUGCUGCAGAUGUUUUCCAUGACCUGCACGAACAAGUGACAGCUACAGCUGGAAGGGGGCGUAAAAUGUUGACUCGAGUAAAGAACAUAGAAGCAGCACUUCCAUCACUUGAGAAGGCCAUUCAGGGCCCAACAAGCCAUAUACAUUUUGCUUAUGUAGCAGGUUGUGACUGGCAUGCCCAUCUCCAAAAUGAACAGAGUCACCUCUUAUUCAAUGAAUUGCCACCCUUUAUGAUGGAUUCCUAUGAAGAAUGUCGUGAUCCACCACGUUUGUACCUGCUCGACAAAUUUGAUAAUGCUGGUGCUGGAGCUUGCUUAAAGAGAUAUUCAGAUCCAUCCUAUUUUAGGAGGGUUUGGGUUCUAUCAGAAUCGGAUAAAGGUGAACAUGCACAGAAAGAAAAGAAAGCUCUGAAGUUCAAGGCCCCGAACCGGUUGCUCGGCGGCACGGGUUGGGACGGGCCGACGAACGGGAGAGAGAAAAAGCGAGAGAGGGAGAAGGGGGAGAGAGGGAGAGAGGAGGAUGGCGGAGGCCGGCGACCCGGCCAGGAGGCGGAGGAAAGCUCUGUGGAGGAGCUGGCCACGGAACGAAACAGGGGACCCAGCCGUGGAGCCCGGAGGAGCGUCCUCCGUGCGGCUCGCUGGCCUUUGUCAGCUGGCCUUCACAUCCCUCUCUCUUCCUCCCUCUCCCUCUCCCUCCCUCCUCUACUCGCCCUCUCUUUUCCUCUCUUUCCUUUUCCUUUUUCUCCUUUGGCAACGUAUUUUUUUUUCAUUGCCGGAACCGUCCUAAUCCGCCGGCUGGAGUAUCCCUCCUAUUCCAAGGAAAAAGAGAGCCCAUGCCCAUGUGGCUCUGCCCAUGGUCGAACAUUCUUCAGAAAAGGAUCACAUCUGAGGAAUGGAGAAGUUCAUGCAGCCUACAUAUCGCGGCACAAUAACAGCCUAGCUAGCAUCUUACGUUUUGCAUCUCCAAGCACUGGUGCGGAAAGCUCUUCCACCGAGAAUAUAUCAACACCUGAUAUUAGAUUAAAUCCUGAACUUGCUGGUGAAUCCAGGCCUUUUGGUUCAGAGAUUAGGUCCAACUAUGUUGAACAAGUUUCAGAUACAAACCAUUCAGUGGUGCCUGUUGUCCAAGAAUAUGAUAGCCUGUCUGAUUUUGAGUUACAUAUCAAACAAAGUGGUGCUUGUGCUUCUGUUUUACAUGAUGAACCGAAUGGAGAUGUUGCAGAUAGUAAUUCUCAACAUGAUUCUUUGCAAGGGCAGAGCGUUGACAAAUCAUCUUCUGUUACAUGGGAUGAAAAAAUUGAAAUUGUUAAGUCUACCAGUCCCAUAUCGUGCGAUCACAUAAUUGCAGAUAAGGUCCAAGAUUCAGAGUCUCUGCCAGUAAACUCUGAACCACCAAAGAUGGAUCAUACUGAAAUUGAAGUCUCAGAGCAAGAAGACAUCUUGUUUGAUAUUGCUAAAGUACCAGUAUCAUUAUCUGGUGUGAAUCACAUUGAUGAAGUCACAAGCGAGACGGAUAACUAUAUGGAUGCACUUAAUACACUAGAAUCUGAGGCAGAUACAGAAGCUGAGUGCCAAACCAAACGGGAAGUGAACUCUGUAUCUAACUUCCAUUCUCAAGGAAUGGAAUCUGGAACCGGAAAGAUUCCGGUGACAGCUGGGAAAAAUCCUGAUUCCUGUGAUAAUGAAUCUUUGAAUGCAUCUGACGGGCUCUUGAACCAAGUUGUGUCUCCAAAAUUUUCAAACUUGGUCUCUUCAAAUAGUUUGGAAUUUGUGCAGUCACCUCACAUGACUGACUAUGCUUCCAACCUAGAAUGCUCUGUUGCCAAUGAUUUUUCUGAAAAUAAUUAUCACAACAUUACGAGAAGGAAUGGCUUUGAAGGCAUUGGCAAUGAUCUAUAUCUUGAUUCAGGCAUUCCUAGUUUGCAAACCAGAUUAGGCAGUGAAGCUCCAGUAGAGACAUCCAUAUCUCAACAUUCUCCUUCUGUUGAUACUGCUGACAUGUCUUCCAUUAAACUGUGGACAAAUGCUGGCCUUUUUGGUUUCGAACCUUCAAAACCUCCAGAUCUUGGUAUUCCAAAUACUGCAAGCCAGAAUAUUGUAUCUGAUUCUAAAAGCUGUGCAUGUGAUUUUUCAAGUGACGCAGAAAAGACUAAGUUGCACGCUCAUGGAUUAGUUUCCAAAUCAGACACUUUAGAUAUGCCAAAUGAAAGCAUAUCAAAUGGUUUCAGCUCGAUGAAGGAAAUGGAUGGGACACUAUCUACUUCAUAUUCCUUGGUUCAGAGUAAUUUAAGUGGUGAUCACAUGUUUGUCGAAGCAUAUAAUGUGGUGCAACAGCAUGAUGCAACCAAUUGUUCCCCAUCCUUCAAAGCAUACCUACAUGGGGAUAGGCCUAUCAAGCAGAUGUCAUCUUGUUCCCCAUCCUUUACUAGCAUUUAUGCUCUCCCUGAUGAACCUGAUCUAACAAGAAACAAUGGUCUUGCUCCUGAAGCUGAACGAUCAGCUACUUGUAAUAUUGAGUCACAAUGCAGCGAAGCUGGCCAAAGCACAAAUAUUAUCUCAUCCAGUUUUACUGGCCUUGCACAGAGAUUUCUUGGAAAUACUCUUAGAAAAGCAUCACAUACUACAUCGACUGGAACUAUGAAUGCUGAAGGAAGGAAGUCAGAGGAGAGUUGCCUUCCAAGUAACCACCAGAAAGCACCAACUGGAGUUGAAUCUCAGGAUUCUAAUGAAGAGAACAGCAAAGAAAAGAUUGGACAUGGAUCAUUGAAAAAGUCUAUCUCUUCUACUUCACAUUACUCAGAGCAAUCCUCUCCACCACUUGAACACAUGAAGAUCUCUUUUCAUCCUAUGAAUGGUUUGGAAUCCAAAUUGAAACUGGAAUUUCCCAAUGGCAAUCUCCAUGAAAGCAUUGAAGAUUUGAUGUUUCCAUCAUUUCAGUUGCUUCCAGAACCUGCUGUUCCUUUGCCAGACAGUGGCUCAGAUUCAGAUGAUGACACAUUCUGUAGGUCUUGUCCAUAUUCUUCCGAGGAUCUUCUCAGCCCUCGCUCAUAUUCAAACUCUGAGCUGUGGGAACAGGAGGAAAGAAAUGGAUGCAAAGACCAUGAGUUAUUUGGUGAUUCACAUGGAAUUUCAUCUUCAACAACAUCCAUCUCUAGCUACAUGAGAUUUGAGCAAUUGAACCAUUCCAGCAAAGACACAGUCAAUGGACUUGGGACUUUGGAGGCUGAGAAGGGCAUAGUGUCUUUUCAAUCUCAUUCCAUAGUGGACCUUCCUGGUCUUGAAUCUGUUAUCUCAUUGAAAAAUCAACAGGAAGGGAGAUUUAUUUUCUUGUCAGAUGAUCCAGUGAUCUCUACAUUGCAAUCCUCAGAUCAGCUGCCACCACCACCACCUCUCCCUCCAAUGCAGUGGAGAAUAACGAAACCUUCAAUUGCUUCAGGAGAGGAUAGAGAUGCUAAUGCUGUUGCCCGUGUUAACCAGUUUGACGCCCUACAAGAUCCAAAAUUUGCUACUCAACAGCAAGAACAAAGUGCACCAAAGCCACCAUCUAUAUCUGCAGUUAUCGCACCACAUCCCCAAAAGAAUACACAAGAUCAGCAGAAGCUGAAUGGGCACAAAGAGUCAAAUCAUGUUGCUAAUAACAAGGAACUAAGGGAAGAGUUGCUUCAUCAUAUCAGGGACAAGCAUGAUCAGCAGAAGCUGAAUGGACACAAAAGACUGGAAAAUGAGAAUGCUAGCAAUAAGGAUCUUGAUGAAAGGGAGGAGUUGCUUCUUCAGAUCAGGAACAAGACAUUUAACCUGAGGCGCACCACGACAUCAAAGCCAACUAUUGUGUCGCAGCCUACCACCAAUGUCAAUGUUUCCGCAAUCUUAGAGAAGGCAAAUGCAAUUCGCCAGGCAUUUGUUGGUGGCGAUGAGGGUGGUGAUGAUGAUAACUGGAGUGAUGGUUCAGAUUCAUAUCCUGGUGCAGAAAUUUGGUCCGUCCUCAUGUAUCAUAAAUUGUUGUUGCCAUCAUCUGUUAAUGGAAGAACGGCAAAUCCUUCUAAGACAAAUGCACAGUCACGUUCAAGGUUGGCUGGGAGAGUUGUGCUGGAACUUUGCCAAAUUGUGCACGAAUUAUUGGAAACUGUCCGGCUUAUUAUACCUAGCGAGGGGGAGAGAGGCAUAGAGAGCGUGGCCGAGUGCAGAACGAACGCUCAUCGGAGAGUAAGAGACAUGUCGAAGAAUUCGCUGGAGAGGCAUGCAUCGGUGGAUGCGCAGCUGAGGCUCCUGGCGCCGGGGAAGGUGUCAGAGGACGACAUGCUGGUGGAGUACGAUGCCCUGCUCUUGGAUCGCUUUCUUGACAUCCUCCAGGACUUGCACGGCGAAAAUAUCAGAGAAACGGUGCAAGAAUGCUACGAACUUUCUGCCGAGUAUGGGAGGAAGCAGGACCUAAAGAAGCUGGAUGAGCUGGGGAAUGAGCUCACCAGUCUGGAUCCUGGGGAUUCUAUUGUGGUUGCCAGCUCAUUCUCCCACAUGCUUAACCUGGCCAACUUGGCUGAGGAGGUCCAGAUCGCCCAUCGGAGGAGGAUCAAGCUGAAGAAGGGAGAUUUUGCCGAUGAGAAUUCUGCACCCACCGAGUCAGACAUCGAGGAAACUCUUAAAAGGCUCGUGGUGCAGCUGAAGAAGUCGCCUCAGGAGGUCUUUGAUGCUCUCAAGAAACAGACAGUCGAUCUGGUUUUCACUGCACAUCCUACUCAAUCAAUCCGCAGAUCUCUGCUUCAGAAACAUGCAAGGAUAAGGAAUUGUUUGGCACAACUUAAUGCCAAGGACAUUACUCCCGAUGACAAGCAGGAGCUUGAUGAAGCUCUUCAGAGAGAGAUUCAAGCUGCCUUUAGAACUGAUGAAAUCCGAAGAACACCGCCAACUCCACAGGAUGAAAUGCGAGCAGGCAUGAGUUAUUUUCAUGAAACAAUUUGGAAGGGAGUGCCAAAAUUCUUGCGCCAUGUUGAUACAGCUCUGAAGAACAUCGGGAUCAAUGAGCGCGUUCCCUAUAAUGCUCCUCUUAUUCAGUUUUCUUCUUGGAUGGGUGGCGAUCGUGAUGGAAAUCCUAGAGUUACUCCAGAGGUUACAAGGGAUGUAUGCUUAUUGGCUAGAUUAAUGGCUGCGAACUUGUACUACUCCCAGAUAGAAGAUUUAAUGUUUGAGCUGUCCAUGUGGCGCUGCAGCGAUGAACUACGAGUUCGAGCUAAUGAACUGCACCAGUCCUCAAAGAAAGAUGCAAAACACUAUAUAGAGUUUUGGAAACAAAUUCCUCCAAAUGAACCUUAUCGUGUUAUACUUGGUGAUGUGAGGGAUAAGCUAUAUAAUACGCGUGAACGUUCCCGUCAUCUAUUGUCAAAUGGAUUUUCUGACAUUCCUGAGGAAGCAACUUUUACCAAUGUUGAGCAGUUUCUGGAACCCCUUGAGCUCUGUUACAGAUCACUUUGCUCUUGUGGUGAUAGACCAAUCGCUGAUGGUAGCCUUCUGGACUUCUUGCGCCAAGUAUCAAUCUUUGGCCUUUCUCUUGUGAGACUAGAUAUCAGGCAAGAGUCUGAUAGGCACACUGAUGUUAUAGAUGCUAUCACUAGACAUCUUGGAAUUGGAUCAUACCGUGAUUGGCCUGAAGAACAACGUCAGGAGUGGCUGUUGUCUGAGCUUAGAGGCAAGCGCCCUCUAUUUGGUCCUGAUCUUCCCCAAACGGAGGAAAUUGCUGAUGUUUUAGAUACAUUCCAUGUCAUAGCGGAACUUCCUGAUGAUAAUUUCGGGGCCUAUAUCAUCUCAAUGGCAACUGCUCCAUCAGAUGUGCUUGCAGUCGAGCUCUUGCAGCGUGAAUGCCGUGUGAAGAAACCAUUGAGAGUUGUGCCAUUGUUUGAGAAACUUGCAGAUCUUGAGGCAGCCCCUGCAGCUCUAGCCCGACUCUUCUCGAUAGACUGGUAUAGAAAUCAGAUUAAUGGAAAACAGGAGGUCAUGAUUGGGUAUUCAGAUUCUGGUAAGGAUGCUGGUCGUUUAUCUGCAGCUUGGCAGUUAUAUAAAGCUCAAGAGGAGCUCAUAAAGGUUGCUAAGCAAUUUGGAGUGAAGUUGACAAUGUUUCAUGGAAGAGGGGGGACUGUUGGGAGAGGAGGUGGCCCUACUCAUCUUGCUAUAUUGUCUCAGCCACCCGACACUAUUGACGGAUCGCUCCGUGUGACAGUUCAAGGUGAAGUCAUUGAGCAAUCUUUCGGAGAGGAACAUCUGUGCUUUAGAACUCUUCAACGUUUCACCGUAGCUACCCUUGAACAUGGUAUGCGCCCUCCAAUUUCUCCAAAGCCAGAAUGGCGUUUACUGAUGGAUGAGAUGGCUUUGGUAGCCACAAAGGAAUAUCGCUCAAUUGUCUUUCAAGAACCACGCUUUGUCGAAUACUUCCGCCUGGCCACACCUGAGCUGGAAUAUGGUAGGAUGAACAUUGGCAGCAGGCCAUCGAAAAGGAAGCCUAGUGGGGGCAUAGAAUCACUUCGUGCAAUCCCAUGGAUUUUUGCUUGGACACAGACAAGGUUUCACCUUCCUGUGUGGCUUGGAUUUGGUGCAGCAUUCCAGCACGUCAUGGAAAAGGAUAUCAGAAAUCUUCAUAUGCUACAAGAAAUGUACAAUGGAUGGCCAUUUUUCAGGGUCACAAUAGACUUGGUGGAGAUGGUUUUUGCUAAGGGAGAUCCAGGCAUUGCUGCUUUAUAUGACAAAUUGCUUGUGUCUGAAGAUUUAUGGCCAUUUGGGGAGCGACUGAGAACCAACUAUGAAGAGACAAAACACCUUCUUCUUCAGGUUGCUGGUCACAAGGAUCUUCUCGAAGGCAAUCCUUACCUGAAGCAGAGAUUGUGUCUCCGUGAUUCUUACAUAACCACUCUGAAUGUUUGUCAAGCUUGCACACUGAAGCGGAUCAGGGAUCCCAGUUUGCAUGUAAACAUGAGGCCACAUUUGUCAAAGGAGAUCAUGGAUUCUGGCAAACCAGCUUCUGAAUUAGUGAGGUUGAAUCCCACAAGCGAAUAUGCCCCGGGGCUGGAAGACACGCUUAUCUUGACCAUGAAGGGUAUUGCUGCUGGCAUGCAGAAUACUGGUUAGGUUCAUAACUUUAUUGGAUGUUCCUCAGAAAUUUGUCAACAAACGUGCGUUGUGUCUCUGUCUGUUAAAGAGUUCAACAUGCCUUCACGCUUUCACAGCUCUACAACUUUUUGAAAGUGCUUGGUAUACAAUUGAAGUGUCAAGUAUUUCUGUAUUUUGUCAGAAGAAACUGUUUCCACAUUGUUUCUCGUUUUGAUAUAAAUUAUAAGAGCCUUUGUGCUGGCUGGAAUGAAAGUAUUAUUUGCAAAGUUUAUCU